UGGGAGAGGGAGAGACGCGUCUGUCCGCGGGCUCGGAGACGGGGACAGGCACGGGAACGGGGACGGGUACGGUGGCAGGACCGGGGUGUCGGGGACCGUGCUGGGGUGUUGGGGCUUGUGACAGAAUGCCGGUGCCGGUGUGUCGGUGUUUGUGUCGGUGUGUCGGUGUUUGUGUCGGUGUGUCGGUGUUUGUGUCGGUGUUUGUGUCGGUGUGUCGGUGUUUGUGCCGGUGUGUCGGUGUUUGUGCCAGCGCUGGGGUUUCUGUGGGUGUGCCAGGGUGUCAGUGCCAGUGAGGAGGUGUCGGUGUAGGGGUGUCAGUGCCCCUGACACGGUUUCAGCGUUGGUGUUGGGGUGUCGGUGCCAGUGCGGGUACCCCCGGUGCGUGCACUGGGGUGUUGCUGCUGGUGAGGAAGUGCCAGUGCUGAGGUGGCAGUGCCAGGGUGUUGGUGCUGGGGUGUCAGUGCCGGUAUCAAGGUGACAGUGUUGCUGGUGCUGGCGUGUCAGUGCUGGUGAGCAGAGCUGGGACAUCUGGUGGCAGUGUCGGUGCUGCUGAGGUGCUAUUGGUCCCUGUGGUGGGGUGACUGUGCUGGUGCCAGGGUGUGGGUGCUGGUGAAACAGUGCAAGUGCCCGUGACGAGUGCUGGUGCUGGUGCCCGUGCUGGGGUAACCGCGGCAGUGCCCGCUCCCCAGCAGGACAGUGGCAAUGGCGUCGGACGAGCGGCUGGCCCGCUUCCGCCAGGCCCACCUGAACCCCUUCAACAAGACCCCUGAGCAGCUGGAGCGCCCUGAGGAGGAAUCCCCUGCCCCAGCCCAGCAGCCGGAUCCCGCCCCAGGGGACCCCGAGGGCGCCCUGGACCUGGGGCUGGCCGAGGACCACUUCUCCCGCCCCGUGGGGCUGAUCCUGGCGUCGGACGUGCCGCAGCUGCGCCGGGCCAUUGAGGAGUGCAAGCGGGUGAUCCUGGCGCUGCCCGAGCACUCGGAGCGGCAGAAGGAUGCCGUGGUUCGGCUCAUCCACCUCCGCCUCAAGCUGCAGGAGCUGAAGGACCCUGCUGAGGAUGAGCCCAACAUCCGGGUGGUCCUGGAGCAUCGUUUCUACAAGGAGAAGAGUAAGAGCGUCAAGCAGAUGUGUGACAAGUGCAGCACCAUCAUCUGGGGGCUCAUCCAGACCUGGUACACCUGCACAGGCUGCUACUACCGGUGCCACAGCAAGUGCCUGCCGCUGGUGAGCCGGCCGUGCGUGCGGGCCCAGGUGAGCCACCAGGCCGAGUACCAGCUCAGCAUCUGCCCCGAGAGCGGACUGGACAGCCAGGACUAUCGCUGUGCCGAGUGCCGGGCCCCCAUCUCCCUCCGGGGGGUCCCCAGCGAGGCCCGGCAGUGCGACUACACCGGCCUCUACUACUGCUCCAGCUGCCACUGGAACGACCUGGCCGUGGUGCCCGCCCGUGCCAUCCACAACUGGGACUUUGAGCCCCGCAAGGUGUCACGGUGCAGCAUGAGGUACCUGGCACUGAUGGUGUCACGGCCGGUGCUGAAGCUGCGGGAGAUCAACCCCCUGCUCUUCAACUACGUGGAGGAGCUGGUGGAGAUCCGGAAGCUGCGCCAGGACAUCCUGCUGAUGAAGCCCUACUUCAUCACCUGCAAGGAGGCGAUGGAGGCGCGGCUGCUGCUGCAGCUGCAGGACAGGCAGCACUUUGUGGAGAACGACGAGAUGUACUCGCUGCAGGACCUGAUCGACAUCGAGGCCGGGCGCCUCGGCUGCUCCCUCACCGAGAUCCACACGCUCUUUGCCAAGCACAUCAAGCUGGACUGCGAGCGAUGCCAGGCCAAGGGCUUUGUCUGUGAGCUGUGCCGGGAGGGCGACGUGCUCUUCCCCUUCGACAGCCACACCUCGGUCUGCGCCGACUGCUCUGCCGUCUUCCACAGGGACUGCUACUACGACAACUCCACCACCUGUCCCCGGUGCGCCCGGCUGAGCCUGCGGAAGCAAUCCCUGUUCCAGGACUCCGGCACGGAGGCAGAGCCCUGAGGGGGGUUUGGCCCCAUUGUGGGGUCUCAGGCUCCUCACCCACCACAGGGCCCUGGGAUGGACACAAUCAACCUGGUGGUGGUUUGGGGACUGAGGUGGCUCUGGCUCUGGGAUCCUCUGCUCAUGGAAACGGCAGCGCUACUGGGAGGGAAUCACUGCUGGAGCCCAGCCGUUCCCUGGAGCACAGAGAACCUCACUGGAGGGGCCAGGAUUGGGUUUACUGGGAUCCGGUUAAGGCCCCGCAGCGGCUCCUGCCGUCCCUGCCUGGAACCUGGCGCAGGCCAGGGCUGGUGCUGUGCUGUCCUGGGUGACAGCUGUGUCAGGAGGGCUCAGCCCUGGCGCCGGGAUGGGACCGAGUCCCUCCCACACACAACACCGGACUCUACUCCCUCCCCAGCCCACGGCACCACCGUCACCGGGGCCGAGCCCCGGGGGGAGGAUGUUGCAGGGUCUUCCCCGGGCUGGACCGGGUGCGGUGUGGAGCCUCCCUUUCUCCCCGGUGUUUCCUGUAGCAUUAACGAGCCUCUU